AUGCUUGACAUGCAUGAUGUUCACGGACUUCGGCAAAGGAAACGCCCCAAUUCUCGUGAAUGGAAAGCGUUCAGCCGUCAGUGGCCUCUUCUGAGUUACGCUUCUAAUCAUUGGAUUCGUGCCCAUGCUCUUAACGCUUCACUGGAACCCACGUCGAAUUAUGAGCGAGGUGGUAACUUCGGCUUCUGGGUCCAGUGCCUCUUUUCUCUUGAUCCUCAGGCAGGUAUCCGGGUCGCACGAGAUACACAACCGCUCUACUAUGCCGGUCUCAGAGCGAUGGUCGGGUCGCUAAUCUCCGCGAAUCGGGACACGGAUCUAGACACGUUAGGAGGCCGCAAUGCCUCCACUGCAUUGCAAGUCGCUUGUUAUAGAGGCCAUUACGAAGUAGCGAAGGAUCUACUUGACGCCGGCGCAAACCCCUAUCACAGAGACCGCUAUGGACGCUCUAGCCUAUUCUAUGCGUUAUGCCACGGUAACAAAGACAUCGCGGAGCUUCUAAGGCAAUAUCUGCGUUCGAGGACCGAUCCGAAGGGCGAGGCUGCGUCCAUCCACGUUGAGGAAGCUUUCGCUGCUGCCCGCAUGUUCAUGGCAGGAGCAGCGCAUUAG